AUGGUCUACAUCAUGAAAAUAUAUACCGAUGGCGGGUGUAGAGGCAAUGGAAGACCAGGGGCGAUUGGAGCCGCUGCCGCCGUUUUCGAAACCAAAUAUGGUGUUUACAAGGGCUGGAAGAUGUCGCUAGCCUCAUAUCCUACGCCAACAAACCAGCGUGCCGAGAUCCAAGCUAUUAUUCUGGCAUUGGAGAAAGCCCUUCAGGUGUAUGAAGAUCUAAACAGUAACCCAUGGCUUGAUGUGACAAUUUAUUCCGACUCGAGAUACGCGGUUAACUGUAUGACAGAAUGGAUUUAUAAAUGGAGCGGAAAUGGCUGGAUUAAUUCUGCGGGGAACUAUGUUGCGAAUCGAGAUCUCUUGGAGCAGGCGUCGGAUCUUGAUGAGAGAUUGAGGGCGGAGGAGAGAUGUGCAGUUUCUCUGGAUCCCGAGGGAGAAAAAUGA